CGGAAGUCUCGGAGCAGAGUCCAGGCCGCUGGUGCGGCGGUAGGCGCGAGUGGUCGGGUGGCGGUGAGGAUGACCACACUCACGCGACAGGACCUCAACUUUGGUCAAGUGGUGGCCGAUGUGCUCUGCGAGUUCCUGGAGGUGGCCGUGCACCUCAUCCUCUACGUGCGCGAGGUCUACCCGGUGGGCAUCUUCCAGAAGCGUAAGAAGUACAACGUGCCUGUCCAGAUGUCCUGCCACCCGGAGCUGAACCAGUAUAUCCAGGACACCCUGCACUGUGUCAAGCCACUCCUGGAGAAGAAUGAUGUGGAGAAAGUGGUGGUGGUAAUUUUGGACAAAGAGCACCGCCCAGUGGAGAAAUUCGUCUUUGAAAUCACCCAGCCUCCACUGCUGUCCAUCAGCUCAGAUUCCCUGUUGUCUCAUGUAGAGCAGCUGCUCCGAGCCUUCAUCCUGAAGAUCAGUGUGUGUGAUGCUGUCUUGGACCACAACCCCCCAGGCUGUACCUUCACAGUCUUAGUGCACACGAGAGAAGCGGCCACCCGCAACAUGGAGAAGAUUCAGGUCAUCAAGGACUUUCCCUGGAUCUUGGCAGAUGAGCAGGAUGUCCACAUGCACGACCCUCGACUGAUACCACUAAAAACGAUGACAUCAGACAUCUUAAAGAUGCAGCUCUACGUGGAAGAGAGAGCUCACAAAAGCAGCUGAGGGUGUGAUGCUCCGAUCAUGGAUGCAACAACUGUGGGACACUGGGGGCCCCCAGCCUGGGGCGGUGCUGUGGGAGCCCCCUGCCCCCCCCCCCCCCAAUCCAAGUGCUCUUAUUGCCUCUGUGUAUGGACCGCCCACUCUCCGGCCUGGCGCUGCUCAGGUCUGGUUGCCUUCACGGAGGAAUUUUCCCUGGGGAGGGCAGGGAAGGAUGCUGGGACCUGGAUUUCUUGGCUUCCUAGGGUGUGGCUGGCCACCACUGUCUGUCUCCAAUACUGUGCUGUGAGCUGUUUCAAUAAAGAGCCCCACGGGCUGA